AUGGCUGUUCCCAACGAAUCGGAUUACAGCGAUGAAGAUAAAUUGUCUUCUAAUGUAGAGGAUGAAGAGAAUGAUUCAGAUGAGCAGUAUGAAGAAGAAAAUGGGGAAACGUCAGAUGGACAGUCUGAAGAAGAAAAUGCGGAAAAUUCAGAUAAAGAAAGUGAUGAUUCUCAAGAAGAUGGGAAUGAAUCUGAUGAUGAACCUGAAGUUGAUUUCAGUGAAUCUCAUAAGAAGUCAUUGGCAAAAUUGCAAAAGACCGAUCCAGAGUUUUACAAAUUUUUGAAGGAAAAUGAUAAAAAAUUGUUGGAAUACAGUAGCUCAGAAGAAGAAGUAGAAGAAGAAGCUAAGGAAUCUGAUGAUGAAGGAAAAGUCUAUAAACUUCCCUCUCAACUUCAUGUUGAUAGUGAAGAAAGUGAUUUUGAAGAGGAAAAUGAGAAAAAAAGUGACAAACAAGUUACAAUGGCCAUGGUUAAAAAAUGGCGGGAAAAUUUAAUCAAUGAACCGUCUGUUGGAAGUAUAUCUAAAGCUGUCGAAGCAUUUCAUGCUGCACUCGAUCGAGUAACUGGUGAAGACAACUCGGAAUUGAAAGUUGAUGGCAGCGGAGUUUUUAAUGCAAUAAUUGAAAUGUGUGUUUUGCAUCUUCACAAAUCAAUUAAUGAUUUUUUGAAACUCAACCCAUCUAAUAUCAAACAUCCUGAAAAGGCAAAGAAAUGGGUGAAAGUAAGAUCAUUGGUCGAAGGAUAUUUUACUGAUCUUUUGAAGUUGUUGGCCGGUGUAGCCUCAGAAAAUAUUGUCAGUGUACUUCUGAAACACUUGCAUUCAUGUUGCCACAUUGUCAUUUAUUUUCACAAAUUGAGUAGGGUUGCAUUAAAGCAAUUGACUAAAUUAUGGAGUACUGGGGAAGAGAGUGUACGAGUGUUAGCAUAUUUGUGUAUACUACGAUUAUGUACAUUAAAAAAAUCGAAUUUGCUUAAUAGCGCAUUAAAGUACUUGUAUAUAGCUUACAUCAGAGGAUCAAAAUUUGUGUCUAUAAACACUCUGGCACAAAUAAAUUUCAUGAAAAGAUCACUUGUUGAUUUAUUUAAUUUAGACCCUGUUUUGAGCUAUCAGCAUUGUUUCCUCUACAUCAGGCAACUUGCCAUUCAUUUGAGAAAUGCUGUUACCUUACAAAAGAAGGAAAGUUUCCAGUCAGUUUAUAAUUGGCAAUAUAUUCAUUCUCUUAAGUUGUGGGUCGAUCUUAUGUGUGAAACCAAUUCUAAGGAAUUGCUUCAGUUAUGUUAUCCUCUUGUACAGGUUAUAAUAGGUGCUAUAAAACUGAUACCUACAUCGCAAUACAUCCCUCUGCGAUUUCAUUGUAUACAAAUGCUUAUCAAACUUGUUCGAGAAACAGAUAGUUACAUUCCAAUUCUGCCUUUCAUAAUAGAUGGUUUAUCAUGUGCGGAUAUCAAUAAACAAUACAAAAAUGUUUCAAUGAAACCAUUUGAUUUUACUUUUGUAUUACGAUUGUCUAAACAAGCUAUGACCGAAACUGGAUUUCCAGAUGCUGUUGUAGAAUAUGUAUACCAAUUGUUAUUGGAAUACGCAGCUGCAUGUUCUUCAUCUAUAGCUUUUCCAGAUCUUUUUAUUGCUGCAUCUGUACAGCUAAAAUCUGUUAUCAAAAAUUGCAAAAAUUCAAAAUACACAAGCAAAUUAAAGCAAGUAUUGAUAAAGAUUGAAGAAAAUUCAAAAUUCAUCAAUAAUGAAAGAAAUAAAUUAAAUAUAAAUUUGAAUGAAAAUGACAAAAUCAAAGCCUUCGAAUCGGACAUGAAACUUAAAGUUCCCCCAUUACAAAAAUAUUGGGAUCAACUUCAAAAAAUCAAUGAGAUGAAAAAAUCUCGGGAGAGAAAUGAAUCUGAGAAAAAAGAGAAAGAAGAUUCAGAUGUUAAAUGGCCCUCUAUGUCAAAAGACAGAUUAAAAAGAAAGAAGGUUGAUGAAGGACCUGUUGAGCUGUUGCCAUCGGAUGAAUCAGAUUUUGAAUUUCCCCAAGUGUCUGAAGAUGAGCCUAAAGAAAAGAGAAAGAAGAGGGUGAAAAAAUUGUCUGACAGUAGUAAGCAAAUAAUAAUGAAGAAUGUUGAUAUAACAGAUACGCCUGACGAUGUCUACGAAGAUCAGUUGGAAGAUCUAAAUAUCAAUGAAUUUUGA